AUAUAAGUGGAUGUCGAUUGAUCUCUUCUUCUGCACUAGAAAAAUUAGCAGAAACACAUUAUAGAUUUCAAGGAAUUCACUUGAAUGUAGAACCUAGGUUUGAUAUUUGGGAAGUAGCAUGUAAUUACGAUAAAUGGAUUAAAUCUCAAUUUUAUAGAAAAUGUCCCACAUUCACAAAAAUUGGACGUCCGGGUUUAUAUCGACUGUGGCCGACGACAGCAAAGUCAUCAGCACAACAAUGGCAAAUCAGUAAUAAGUCCAUUCAAAUAAUUCUUCAAGGUUCGUUUCAAACACUCAAAUAUCUUUCACUCGGGAAUCAAAGUUUAAGUCGUGAAACUGCGACAAUUAUCGCAUCUUGCAAAACCUUAACACAAUUAGAUUUGAGCGGUACCAAUUUAGAUAACGUAUCUCUUCAAGACAUUCUAUCACAUACUAAUCAGCUUGUUUCACUCAAGCUAUUGGAUUUAGAGUUGUCAAAUAUGACUUUAAUAGUGAUUUCACUCUUAAAAAAUUUACGUCAAUUACAUUUCAGCGUAAUUAAUAAAGGGAUAAUUUCUUCAAAAACGAUUGCUGAAAUGCUAAAAUGUUUGCGAAAAUUAGAUGAUUUCAGAAUGAACCAAAUAAUGAUUGGUGAGGUAGAUCGGGUGAUUACGGAGGGCUUGGCAUGGGUUGUUUGUGAUGAAUCGGUUGAAGAUGAACCGGUUGAAGAUGACACAAAAACGAUACAUCAAUACGAUUCCCAUGGAGAUAAGUCUGUUCAACAAGAUAGAGCGCCUAUUCGUUAUCUAGACCUUUCACCAAAAUUAGAUAUAUAUCCACGGUGUAGAGAACGAUCAAUGCAGAUUGAACAUUAUAUCUCCAUUAGUAAUUAUUCCUUACAAUCUUUGGCUGUAAAUCAUCCAUUUUUGGUUUCUUUUAGACUAGUCAAUCCUUAUGCAAUCAAUGCUGAAGGAGUUGAUGCACUACUUUCAGUACUCAAUUGUCUAGAAAUAUUUGAAUUGAGAUGGCGUAGAGCAGAAGUGGACCAAAUUCAUAAAUUAACUCCAAAAUUUUGUCCAAAAUUAAGAGAAAUGAUCUUACAUGGAGUGGAUAUUGCAGAUUUUGAUGUUUGGUUUGGUGAGCACAAGGAUUUGGAAGUUGACCAAUGCGAAAAUGAAAUUUCAUUUGAAGGACGUUCGGAAGUGAUUUUUAAAAAUUUAGAAAUUCUUGAUUUGGUGGAUGCUUCAGGUCCAACGUUAAAUAAUGUGGCACCAACUGCUUAUGAGGUCGAUAAAGAUUAUUGGUCUCUAAAAACUACAAUUGAUGAUAUUCGAGCAAAAUAUGGAUUAGGAGGUGGUACUAGAAUUAAAGACCCAAAUCUCGAUCAAAAUUCUGACUUGGACUUAGAAAUUGAUUUAACUGUUGCUGACAUUAAAAAGAUUGUUAAAAUUCAACAAUUGUUGGAAAAGGCCGCACAAGAUUUAUCAUUUUUGGUUUCUGCUUCACCCCCAGAAAUCUUUAGCGAUCCUAAUAGUAUCAAAGAUGAUGAUGUUGCUGUUAAAGCUAAUGUUAAAAAAGCCUUAUGGUUGGUUGAGGACGAUGAUAUGUCCGGAAACGCUGAAGAAGCAAUUAAGAGCUUCAAAGAAAACCGAGUUGCUGGUAAUGUUGUUAUGAAUGCUUAUACCUUAGAAGAUGGCAAAGAUGAGAAUCCUCCUGUCGGAUUUCGGCAAGACUUGUAUCAAUAA